GCGAACUUAACGAGCGUCGUGCAAUCUCCUUGUGACAAACUGCAUAUUUAAACGCGCAUCAGCGUAUCGACACUGCGAUCGACCGAGAAAAAUCUUUCAGGGAACUCUCGCCAACAACAAAUCCACGGUACGGCGGAGACGAAUCGAAAAUUAACAAGCAGAUAUUUAGAACUAGGUAAGAAUCGGGAGGUGAUCGUGAGCCGAUUAAUUGGCGAAGCGUUUAACGACCUCAACCGUGGCGACUUUUUGCGAAUUACGAAGAAACUGCGACGUCUCCUUCAAGGUCAGUGUCAACGAGGUCGAUUCGCCGCUUAGGAUUCCUUUCAACGAUUCGAAGGUCGUGCUUGUUCUUUCUCGGAUAGAUCUUCUCUCGGAGAAGUAACGCGAUGAAAGUGGAAAAGAAGGAAGAUGGAAAGAAGACAGAGGGAGAGAGAGAGAGAAAAAGAGAGAGACUCGUUUCACAGAGACUCUUCAUCGACGACGACCUUUACGUAAUAAACGCGGGGACUAUCCUUCGCGGAUCGUUGUUACGCUCUUGUUCGUCUACUUUCCAUCGAAAAGAGGCUGCGUCGUGGCCAGUCGCAGGAAAUUAUUACGACCGCGAUCGCGAAAGUAAGGAAUGUCGCCAGGCCGAUCCUCGACUGGAGCGUCGAUAGUUUCAUAACGAUCCGUAAUUAUGCCGUGGCUGUUUUAUGACCGAGAUUUUUGGUUUCACUUUCGCGCGACGAAUUCUUACUUUCGUCAGUGAGCACGUUGGAUGCUUUUUCUCACCGAUAACCUACUCACUUUUUUUUUUGUAGAAACAAGCUUUUGUAGAAAUGAGCUUUUGUAGAAAUGAGCUGGAAGCGAGCCCGUCCCAAGUUAAACUGCUCAAAACCUGUACGCUUUUUGUUUUUAUUCAAGUACAUAGUUAACGUUGAAAUUUUCAAAGAACAUUUCAUAAGAAAAUGUAUUUCUCACCGAUGUAAUCACGCGACAUAUUCUAACGGUUUAAAUCACUGUCCGCCUUCGCUCGUCUCUCGUGAUUAUACAUGCGAGCGGCAGUAUCAAUCUAAAUAAUCAGGUAACAAGGAUAACAGGCAGUCGAUGGCAAAGGAUGAUGCUAAUCUUGAAUUCUACAUGUUAUAGCGAGCGAGAUAUCGAUUUUCCAGCGAAUUAUGAAGGUUAGGCCAUAUCUUCGAAGUCCAAGGUUUCUCCGAAAGUUUCUUUCACCUAAAUUUCAUCGUUGAUCGUCGAUUCGUUAGUGAAAGAGGCAAAAAAAAAAAAAAGAAAUCCAAGGCGGCUAUUACGAUUGAUACCAUCGAACGUAACCAAGAGAGGUGAAAUUGAACGGGAUAAAAAAGUCUGUCGGACGGUUACGCAGCAGCGAGAAUACGCGUAUUCUGGCGAAUUUUUAUCCGUUAACCUUCGAGCUCCUGCCCACGUGCUUGGUUCAAGAUAGAAAUCGACGAUAGGCCGUAAGGAUCGAAGCUUCCAUCUCGAGGCGAGGAAAACGACGGUAAUUGAAUUCAAGGAGAAGCGUUCGUUGUGAAUGGUAGGGCUUGUGAUUUACAAGCGACAGUUCGUUUCCAUCGUUUUAGUCAAAUCGACCCAAAGGUUUUCAGAUAUUUCAAAUCCAUCUAAUAACCGGCAGGAACGUCGAUAUCUGAUGUUUCCUUUUAACGAUAGAUAAUAAUUCGAAAGCCGUCAAAUGGAUUCGACUUUCAAAUCCUACUCCUCGUAGAUUCGUCUCAAGAUUUUAUUUUUCUAAUGGUCGAACGGCUAAAUGAAAUCUCGCGUUAACUCAUAUUCUUAUUAAUGGAACACCUCGAUUUAACGCGCGUGAUUUAUUAUAAACGUAUCCUUCAUAAAUAAAGCUAAUUCUCGAUCGUUUCAUAUACUGCCCACAUUUCGACUAUCAAUUUCCCUUCGAUCGAAUGUAAAUCGUGCGCACGGUAAUCGCGAGCAUCUCGCCGUGCACAGUCGUUACGUAACGAUCCUACGAUCUCGCCAGUGGUCAGCAUAAACAUCGAUUGUACAUUAUACAUUCCUAACGACCAUCGUGCAAGUAGACGUUGUGUGUGUGUGUGUGUGUGUGUGUGUGUGUGUGUACGUUACAAAACAUUUGGUGAGAAGAGAACUUGCAAAUUGUAAUGGGAACGCGAGACGUUUUAUAAGGUAUAACACGUUUAUAUUAAAUUUAGGGAUUAAAACGUUUCAAGGAUUCGAUUUCUUGUCUUCUCGUCCGAUCUUACGUAGAAAUGUAUUCCUAUCGAUCAAUCGUAUGUAUAUAAAAUUGCGAAUACUAUGGAGAGUUAAUUAUCUCAUGAAAUGUCGUAUCAAGUACCUUACAGUGUAUCAAGGUAUACAGCUUUUAAUUAAGAAAUCCUACGUAAAACUUCUAUUUUCUCAAGACGUAUACGUUCGAUACGCAACUGAACGUUUGCGUGGAAAUUGUCGGUGAAUUUCAGCUAUCCGAACGUCGCGCGUCGGCUCCUAUUAUCGCAAUUAAUAAGAGCAGCUGAUGGGAAUAGAGCUAGCGAACUUCUAUUAUCGGAACUUUUCUACCUAUAAAACUGUUCGGGGCAUAUGAAUUAAAGGAGGAAACAAAAAUGAAACAUCGUUAAUUACGAGAAUAAAAGUACAAAAUGAAUCACGUUAUUUCUUACUUUCUUCUUCCUCUAUAGAAAAUAUGCUAGAAGCGGUUUCAGAAUUUUAAUCGGUAGCGGCAGAAAACGGAACCGGGGACAAACUAGGAAAAGAGAGGGAAAUCGUGACGUAGGACCGCGUGUCUCAUGAAAGGGAGCAAUGGUUGCACCCACGAGAUUGGCGGCGGAUAAAUCCUUACGGGUGAGCACCUACGGCUUGGUGCACACGUAACCGUCGAGGUUGCCGUCGAGAGAGGAAGGACGAAAACGGAACGGUAAAACAGGGAGAAAGGGAAGAGGAGUUGGAACGUGUUGCACCGAUUCGAUUAUCGUUUAUCGGCGACGAUCAUGUCCGGUUGGAGAAAAGAGGACAAUAUUCGUCGAAUUGGUACAUUUCAUGUACCGCAAUAGUACCGAGUUCUAUGUAGCGACUUAGGAAAUAGUAUUGAAACGUCGAUCGAAAUAGAAAGAACCCUUUGUGUUCGAUACUUCGUCGAUUCAUUGCGUUCUAUGGAGAUUACAAAUGAGGUUGAGGUUUAGAAUAAGAGAGGAAAUACAUAAGAGAUGCGAUUAUUAAAGAGAGAUAUUUUCGACGCGUCAACAGGUUGGUAUGCGAAUUACGCGCAGUCGGAAGUUGGGGCGAAACUACGGAGAAAGGAACGAGUGCGGAUGCAACGUGACAGAGAGAUUUUUGUAUACGGACAUUUGACACGUUACGUCAGAUGCACGAGUAUUACGUUCAAAAUUUUCCUCUUAUGUUUCUCUUUCGAAUAUAAACGUCGCUGAAGAAGCAAUUAGGAUUUCAUAGGCAAGGCGAAACGUAUAAAUAGGGAACUAAUUUUCUUUCUUUGUGCAAAAUAUUAUUGCGACUAAAAUAUUGUUAGGAGAGAAGGUUGAGCGGAGGAAGAAUUUAGAGCAAGAAUUUCGAUUGAUCGAGGAUACCACGAUGAUCCAAUGGAGACAGAAUAGAAACAAUAUGAAUAAAAUAAUCAAGAUAUUACUACCUUUGAAAAUUAGAACACAGAAUUGUAGGUAAAGGAUCAAUUCUGUUAAUCAAAAUAUGUAUUCCGGUUAUCGAGAAUCGUAUUAAAAAUGAAAGUAGAAAAAUAAUUUUAAGCUAAUUUUAGCUUUUCGUUCUAAAGUAGCACGACGUCAGGAUUGAUAUUAGAAAUCCACCGAUCUACUUCUGUUCAAACUCACCAAGAAUAAAGUAAUUAUGAUAUCGGAGAAAUUCAGCUGUCACGUAAUUUACAUAUGAUAGAUCGGUCUUAAAGCGCUUAAACAGCAGCCUGUCCCAACCUAUUCACCCAACAAUUCAAACUCACCGGGAAUUCCGCGAGACUCCAUCUUCGAAAAAAAUCUAAAAAUAAACGUCACAGCUACGUCAGGUGUUUAACACUGGAAACGACCUAUACGCAUGUCGGGGUACCGAUAUGUCGGGUAUCCGCAUAACAGUGGAAUCCACGGUGGUCAACAGUGGGGAUGCCUCGGACGACGAAGAAAACGAAACUGUUGCCUAAGGAGAGGGACGUUUCGGAGUGGCGUGGGGAGGUUUACACAACAGCGAUCGCCCUGUUGGUUUCGUCCACGUGGGCCGAGGAAAAGACGUCUGAGAAAGCAGAAGCUUCGUUGGAAGACAAUUCCACGAAAAAACAAGAGAAACGCGGCCUGUUGGGUCUCGGUUACGGUUACAGCUACGACGGUGGUUAUGACAUCGGAUCUGGUGGACACGGUGGUCUGGAAUUAAGCGGCAGCGGCUAUGGCGGUGGCUAUGGUGGCUAUGGUGGCUAUGGUGGAUACGAUGGUGGACACGAACACGUCAAGACCGUGACCGUUGUUAAGAACGUAGCUGUUCCAUAUCCCGUGGAGAAACACGUGCCUUACCCCGUGGAGAAACCCUACCCAGUCCCUGUGAAGGUUCCAGUACCGCAACCGUACCCGGUGGAAAAGCCUUAUCCAGUCAAGGUCCUCGUCAAGGUUCCAGUACACGUACCCCAACCGUACCCCGUGGAGAAGAAGGUUCCAUAUCCGGUUCACGUACCCGUCGAUCGCCCAUACCCCGUCAAAGUUUUGGUUCCACAGCCUUACCCCGUGGAGAAACACGUACCAUAUCCGGUAAAGGUACCAGUGCCACAACCGUACCCAGUCGAGAAACCUGUCCCAGUGCCGGUCAAAGUUCCGGUCCAUGUACCAGCCCCCUAUCCAGUAGAAAAAUUGGUUCCGGUGAAGGUUCCUGUUGAUCGUCCGAUCCACGUGCCAGUACUCAAACCCUACCCCGUGCACGUCGACAGGCCAGUACCCUAUCCAGUGGAAAAACCAGUGCCAGUCGCAGUCAAAGUGCCAGUCGACAGACCGUAUCCAGUUCCGGUGGAGAAGCCAGUCGCUGUCCCGGUAAAGGUACCGGUACCACAACCGUAUCCGGUCGAGAAGCCAGUACCUUACCCCGUGGAAAGGCCGGUGCCGGUGGAAGUUAAGGUUCCAGUAGACAGACCGUAUCCAGUUCACAUCGAAAAACCGGUGCCCUACCCAGUCGAGAAACCUGUUCCGUACCCAGUUAAAGUACCAGUAGCAGUUCCGGUACAUGACGUUGGUUACAGCAGCGAGUGGGCGGGUGGCCACGGUUAUCAUUAACUUCGUUCCAGUCGCGUUUGUUCCGGUUUGAUUAACAUUCGAGCGAUCUUUCGGAUGGUAAUCACGUACCGGCGACAUCGAGCAAUCGACGAGCAGCUUUAGGAAAACAGAGGAGAGAAAAGAAGAAACGAAAUUGACGAGAGUCGGAAGGGAACGGUACUCGAUGGCACGCGUCUAUUCACGAAUUUCUUCUUGUACCUGGAUCGCGACAGGGGUGAGCCGCGAGUCUAACGAACACAUCGCGCUGCUCCAGAGACCAGUUCCUCCGAGGUCGAUCGUAACAAACCCCGCAAACAUGGCGACGCGAGUCAUGGAUACGAAGAAAUCGAGAGAUUCGUAGUUGGAGCCCGUCUUUAGCAAUCUUCGACCAACAGCUCGCUUAUCUCACCUUCUCUUUUUUUUUUUACCGAAAUAGCAGAAUACAUGUAUUUUUGUACGAAUUAUAAAUAUUAACAACCUAAAGAAUAAUGAACGGUGUGUUGUUUCACGCUCGAUACGACCUUCCCUCGGAUUCCUUCGACCGACGCGAUGUCACGACUAGUUUAACAAUUUCCACUUUCGUUUUCCGCGUGCUCGACUCACCGACGUCCCUCGCCGUUCCUAUUCAUUAACUAUUCUACAACGAUAUUUAUCAUCGACGAUCUCAGAAACAAUUUCACGUUC